CAUCUUAGCUUAGCUUGUUAUAUUCUCUGCGUAAGCGCUUAAUUUCCUCCAGUUCCGUAAUAUACAAUUCCAACAAGUUUUUGUCUCCUCAGAGAUCACUCACCAGAACAGAAGCUUCCCUUUUCCUCUCUGUCUCUCUCUCCAAAAUCCGGGAGCUUUGGAAGGUUGGUUAUCUGGUGUGACAACAUUAUAAACGGUUUAAAAUGUUUUUUGAUGGAUAUGGAUAUCAUGGAACAUCAUUUGAGCAGACAUAUCGGUGUUACCCUGCAUCCUUUAUUGAGAAGCCACAAUUGGAAAGUGGUGAUAAGAUUAUAAUGCCUCCCUCAGCUCUUGACCGCCUUGCUUCUCUACAUAUUGAUUAUCCAAUGCUGUUUGAGCUCCGGAAUCGUGCUGCAGAGCGGGUGUCUCAUUGUGGGGUAUUGGAGUUCAUUGCAGAAGAAGGGAUGAUCUAUAUGCCUUAUUGGAUGAUGGAGAAUAUGCUGUUACAAGAAGGAGACAUUGUGCAAGUGAAAAAUGUUACUCUUCCAAAGGGAACAUAUGUCAAAUUGCAACCACAUACAAAAGACUUUCUGGAUAUUUCAAACCCAAAAGCUAUCUUAGAAACUACACUGAGAAAUUAUUCCUGUUUGACCACUGGGGAUAGUAUUAUGGUGGCAUAUAAUAACAAAAAGUAUUAUAUAGAUAUUAUAGAGACAAAGCCUUCUAAUGCUAUAAGUAUAAUCGAGACAGACUGUGAGGUGGACUUUGCACCUCCCUUGGACUACAAGGAACCUGAAAGGCCUGUUGCAGCUGCUAACAAGGGUUCUGCUCAAGUUGAAGAAGCUCUUGCUGAGAAUGAACCUAAAUUUAACCCCUUUACUGGAGUUGGAAGGCGCUUGGAUGGGAAGCCUUUGAAAUAUGAGCCUGCACCAGUUUCAUCUUCAGGGUCCAAAGACAAGCAACCUGCAAAUGCCAACGGAAAGGGUCAGCCAUCUACUGGGUCUAGUUCCCAAUCCACUUCUGCUCAGGGGAAGCUGGUGUUUGGAUCAAAUGCAAAUCGUACGGCAAAGGGAUCACAGAAGGAAGCUGCAAAAGAGACUAAACAAGAGCCGUCUGCAAAGAAAGAAGAGCCAAAGUUCCAGCCUUUUUCAGGGAAAAAAUAUUCAUUAAGGGGUUGAUUGAAAAUCAUAAAACAGUCAAUGACAUUUUAAGUUAUCUUGUGCUCUUUGAUCUUUCCUUGUUGGGAUCAGGUUGGGGUUGACACAAAAGAAUUAUGUUAGUGAUCUUGGGUGUUGUAUAAUCAACUGUCAUAACGGUAGGUUCUAUGAUGAAGAUAAAAAUAUAAUGCCUCUGUUCAACGUUGUUACUC